AUGUCCCACCUACACCUCAGCUUCUACGCAGCAUUCACCCUAAGCAGCCUAGGCCUAGCCUUCCAUCGAACACACUUAAUCUCAGCCCUACUCUGUCUAGAGAGCAUAAUACUAUCAAUAUACGUCGCCCUAGCCAUAUGACCUAUUCAGAUGCAGGCACCAUCUUCUACUAUCCUCCCCAUCCUCAUACUAACAUUCUCCGCCUGCGAGGCAGGAGCAGGACUAGCACUGCUAGUAGCCUCCACCCGCACCCACGGUUCCGACCAUCUCCACAACUUCAAUCUCCUGCAAUGCUAA